AGACAUUCGAAGAUAGCGGGUGGAGGCCGCGUGGAGCUCGAACUUCCAGCGUCGGUGAUGAGGAUUCGCGGUUCAGGGCGCGACGGAACGCCGGCAGGAUCAAGCAGAGCUUGAGCGACCGCGUGCAGCCUAGGCCUAGGUUCAAGCUCACUUUUCAAAGAGGGAAGAAGGACGAGGAACGUCCUGAUACUUUCACAGAGAAGGAUGGAACGUUGAACGACACUUGUGACAAAAAGGAACGCCUCGACGAGGAAGUACCGACUCACGGCAAAUUGCACAAGACCGACUCGUUCCUUAGAAGGCUGGUGAGGAACUCGAGGGACAAUAUUACCGAAGGCUGCGAGAGAUUGGUCAGGAACAUUCAAAAGAGUCCCCUUUUGCGGAAGAAGUUCCAAUCCACGGACGACGAUAGACCAGUGCCACCAGUCCGUCGAAAGAAGUACAAGCAACGACCUGUGGACGCUGAUUCCAUCGACAAACGCGCCAACCCCGAGGAAUUUAACAAUAACCGCGUUUCUGUUGUUUCUCCGAGUGCCGAGCUCGUGGAGGAUGAUUUUCUGCUAGUUCGCGAAGCCCCUCAAGGUCACUCGGGUCCCGCCGAGGAGAACGAAGACUCGUCCAAAAGCGUCUCGGUGGAGGACGUGGAGGAUCUGAUUCGAACGGAGGACAAUCUACGGCUGCUGGAACAGCGAGUCCUGAUCAGAAGACGUUUGGAGAAGUCCACGAAGCUUCUGCGCGUUCUUCAACCAGCGAGAUCCUGGAGCGAGGAGAGCCUGGUCCGCGCGAUAGAACAGGUUCAUCGUACAGUCCACGUGGAUUGCUCGCCAGUCGCUCACCGAAGAUACGCCGGCGAACAGUCAAGGUCGGCGGAGUGGCGAGACAAGGUAGAGUCGUGGAAAGCGAAGCGGUCGCCACCGCCGGACGACUGGCAAGUUCAGAGGUCGCCGGGCGGCGAUAACGCGACUGAUAGCCAAGCGAAACCGCCGAGGAGGUUGCAAACACGAGACGGCGUAGUGCACGCGCGGCUCACGUCGCUGGUAAAAUGCAAACUUGCGAAUUUCGCGUGCAGCCGCGGGGACGUGGCGGGGACGAGCGGCCGCGAGCAUACGGAAGAGCAAAGUAAACAGCGGCUAGUGGCCGACAGAGUGGACGAGGAGGCGACUCGUCACCCUUCGACGCCUGCCGACCAACACGGCACACGUGUCUCAUCCUCGGCGAGCGAUGCUAUCGCUGACUCGAGCUUCGUGACGAUUCGCGUGAACCUCGGCGGCGAUGAGGCUGUGAAGACCAGCUCGGUGAUCACGGUCGAUCGAGACGAGGAAGGGAAGUGUCGGGCCAAGUGUCAGGGAAGAUCAGCGAGCAGGAGGAAGGCCAGGUCUGGCGAAGAGCGGAAGGUCCGUGGUUGGAACGAUUGGAAGAUGAAGCUCACCCUCAGGAUGAUUCGCAUACGCGACAAGCUGAUGCUGGGCCUCAGCGCCUUCGCGAUACUGUUCACGAUCCUGUUGGUGAUGGACCUGCAGAUGGAUCUUGGGUACAGCGGCCAUCAUCUGGUACCAAGUCACGGACGCGUUCGCAUCGGCGACGACCCCAACACCGACACGAUUUACAAUAACUUUCGAAGGAGGUUCCUCCAACGGAUGAACGCGAGCAAGGAACAGACGAGCGGCGAUGUGGCCGGUACGACGCAGAGCAGCGGCGGGAAGGACGGCGGGAACGAAGCUAGAGAGUCGAGGACAGAGAAGACCGAGGUGCACGACAGUUUCUCGGAUUUAGUGGAUCUUGUGGUGAAAGGUUAUGGUGUUAGUGUUUACGAGGGAGUGGCUAGGAUCAGCGGUGAGGACCAUACGUACAAUCCUACUCUGGGGGAGUUGAAGAAGAUCAGCCUAAAGUGAGUCGAU